CAACAAGCUUCUUGAGUUGUGUUGUGUUAGAAACUUGGAACAUUUUUGUUUGUUCGUCCUCGUCCUCUUUCACCGUAGAGAAGAAGAUUUAACAGAAUCUGUCUCGAUGCCUAGAUCAAGAACUUGUGUCUUGAUUCUAUUAUUGCCUCUAGCCUUUGUCUUCUACCUGUACAUGUCCCUGCCUUCUCCAGCUAUUGUCGAACAAUCAUCAUACAGCUCCAUCUACCACAUCUCCGUUAAGGACAUUGAAGGGAAUAAUGUGAGUUUAAGCAAGUUCACUGGAAAGGUGCUUCUUAUUGUCAACGUAGCCUCUAAGUGUGGUUUGACACAAGGAAACUACAAAGAGUUGAACAUUUUGUAUGCCAAGUACAAAACUAAGGGGCUUGAGAUCUUAGCGUUUCCCUGCAACCAAUUUGGAGGUCAAGAGCCAGGUAGCAACAAGGAGAUUAAGGAAAACAUUUGCACAAUGUUCAAAGGAGAGUUUCCCAUCUUUGACAAGAUUGAAGUGAAUGGAGAGAACGCUUCACCUCUAUACAAGUUCUUAAAAGAACAGAAAGGCGGAUUGUUUGGGGAUUCUAUCAAGUGGAACUUUGCAAAGUUUCUGGUAGACAAACAAGGGAACGUUGUGGAUCGGUAUGCUCCUACAACAUCACCUCUUGAAAUCGAGAAGGACAUAGAGAAGCUAUUGUCAUCUACUUGAACAUAAAAAAAAAUUCAAGGAGAGGAGAAGCAUGGAACAUGUCCGAGAUUGAGAAUGAGAGACACUUUUAUAUACUGAUUCUCUUUAGAUGUAUGCUUGUGUGAACCAUGUUCUUUGUACCAAUCUUCAUCAAAAGAAUAAAAUUUUAUUUAUUUUGCUCUUA